AUGGAAAGAGCUGUACAAGCCUAUGGGGGGAUGUUUGGGGAGGAGAGGGAGACACUGCUAUACGCCAUACAAUCCAUCACAAGAGAAACGGAGGCAAUCAGGAUAGGAAAGUUACCAGCCAAGAGUAUCAAAUCUUGCAGAAAGAGAUUAAAGAAUGAAACGACGGCGAUGAUCGAAACGAUUGACGGAUAUAUUGGACGUGAUCCACCGGAAGACCCAAACGCCAUAGAACACCCUGCCGAGGAAUGGAAGCUGGCGAAGAAAAUCACAGAACUUCUAGGACUCCCUGAAGCCCAACAGCAGUCCGGAGAUUUCAAAGUAAAAUUGACACAUUUGAUGCAAAAGUUGAUCGACAUUCUACCUGCUACACCGGAGAUCGAUUACGAUGAGGAGACGUGGUUAUUCGGUGAAAGUGUCACUGGCGAUUCAUAUGCUGAUGAAGUUCUGGUGAAUGAGCAUGUGCCAUCACAAGCAGAAGCUGCGCUGAUGGAAAGAUCGGCACUGGCAUCGCAGAAAGCCACAUACACAAUUUCAGAAGACACCUCCACGGAACUCGACUGGAGCGGAAAAUCAUCAUUCUCUGACCGCUACCCGUGA